AUUUUUUUUUUCUCCCUUUUAACAUAAAAAAAAAAACAAAAAAUGAACUUUGAAGAUAUUGUAGAUAUGGAUUGGUUAAACUCACAUACAACGGAUUCAUUGCCUUCUCCACCUACUACACUUAUAGAAGACGAUGAAUUAAUGUUGCAAUAUCCCAACUGUGCAAAUGAGUUUGAUUAUUGCUCGCCUACUUCUGUACCCAUUAUGCCAACUACGGAACAGAUUAAACAGCUGAUUGAAUUAGCAAAAAGACAACUUGCACUUCGAGAACAACUUACGGUGGAUAACCUUGUUACAUCGGAGCCAACUCCAGAACCCGAAUCGCCACCACCCACUAUAAAGUUAGAGGAGUUCGCAACCGUAUCACCUGAAUCGCUUGUGAAAACCGAAGAUCGACGCGACUCUUUUGCCUCUAUCUCUGAUGAAGGUCCAAUGUCACUUGAAGCUUAUGCUGAAACAGAUGGAAUAGACAUCAAAAAAUUGACAUCAAAGGAAAGAAGACAGUUAAGAAACAAGAUAUCAGCACGUAAUUUUCGAGUACGAAGAAAGGAAUAUAUCACUACUUUGGAGGGCCAAGUUGAUAAUCAUAAAAAAGCUAAUGAGCAAUUAUUGCAUAGAUUAAAUACUGUAGAAGAAGAAAACAAACAAUUAAAAAUGCAAAUUGAUACUCUAAAACGUCAAAAUGGAUCACUUAAAUCACCAUCACCGAAUAAAGAUAUCAGCAUCUUGGGAUCAAGUCCAUCUGAUACUUACUUUUUACAAGACACAUCUAUCCUCGUGGAAUGUUAACAACCUAAAAAAACACAAGGAAAAAUAAAUAAAUAAAAAAAUAUAUAGCAAUAUUCCCCUUCACACACACACACACACACACAGUUACAACCCCCUUGCACCCCCUCUUUUUAUCCCCCACAUCCUUCUUCUUUUUUUCUUUAUAUCUGUAAAUAACAUCCUUUCACUACUUUCACUCCAUUUUUUCCCUUGUCUGCACACCACUUUCUUUUUGUUUGCGGAAACAUUAAAUAAAGCGAUCCUACCACUUUCAUGUGGGAUGAUUUUUAAAUCCCCCAUUAA